UUAACCAGGGGAGACCAUUUUGGACUUUAUCAAUGCCAGAAUGCAGAUGUUCAGUUUUAAAAAGGCUGGGAGUGCAUUUUAAGACAAGCUUAAGCGCCUCAGUCUCAGUUUCUCAUUAAGUCAAGCCCGAUCUCGUUAAUGACAAAGCACUGGCACUGUCCAUAACUAGUGUUUUUGUUUACUGGGAGUCCCAAGGUGUUACUAUAGUCACUGCUAAUCUUGCAGACACAAGUGUGUAGCAGACAAAGCAGAGGUCGAAAUACAGCUCAGGGGAUGUGACUCCUGCUCACAGCGUGACGUUUUGGAGGCGGUCAGGAAAAGAAUGUCAGUUUGGGGCAACGCUUCCAACAUGCCUUUCCUUUCGCAGGAAGGUUCUCUCAUGGGUUAUUACAUCAGAAUAAAAAAACAGCGGAAAAAAUCAAACAUGGGCCGUGUUUUUCAUCCCAAACUGCGAAUUCACUCUUGGGUAGGUGAGCUUUUCAGAGCUGGAGCGGUGCAGGGAGCAGGGGCCGGGGAGCUGCCCUGGGGAGGGCCCGAUGUUGUGGGUCCAGUGCCUUGGCUUUGCAGGAUCCUGACAGUUGUGUCCCGUGUGCUUGUUGUUCAGCGAUUCCUGUAGGCAAAACAAAUGCAAGAGUCUCUUUUCCAUGAGAAAUUAAUUUUUCUUGCUUAUUGUUUUGUAAAGGGUUUAUGAACUCCGUGGCUGGGGUUUUCGGCUAUUUACUUACUGCCUCUGUUUCUUUGCCAGAGGAAAUUGGUGUGCUUUGGGCUGGAGAAAAUGAUGACACUGAGGCAGCUCCUCUGCAGAGUCCUGUCAGGAUGAGCUUCCUGAUCCCAGCUUGCAGCACAAGGGAGAGUUGUUUGUUUGCCGACUCUGUUAUUCCUGUUGCUUUUGACUGGCUGCCAAAUUCCUCUGCCAUCCUGGCAUUGUGGUGGUUAACUUGAGUCACGCUUAACAAGCUUGGACAGCUAAUACUUUCAAGAGCUUCACUGCAUUUGUUCUUAGUUUUUCCAGCAGAGUCUGCAGAGACAGCUGCAACCGGGUUGAUUUGCUGAAGAACGGAACAGCCUAAAAAAGUUGUGAUGAAACACUGUUAUAUUUGUUUUGUGCUUUCAGUCCACAGUGUUUUGUGGACUCUGCUAGACGAGAAAUAACCUGGUCCCUUGCUGUCCAUGGCUGUGUUGUGCACGAGUUUUCAAGGGACUCUGUGUUUUAGCUCAUAAAUGACUGGCAGCCCUUUAAAUGAAGAGAGACAGAGGGCCAUUAUUUUCUUAAUGUCAGACAUUUAGGAAUGUAGCUGCUUCAGAUAUGUAGCUUUGCAGAGUGGUGCUUGAAAGCCCUAGGCUCUGUGAUCGGGCUGUUUGUUGGGCAUCUGCAGCUGGCACCUGGGGUGACACGGGCCGCUUGUGCAUGGCCUGGCUGUGAGGGGCUCCACCCUGUAAUUACAGCCUCAGUCUGCUCCUGUUCCCUGCCACUGCUGGCUCCUGGGCUGCCUUUGGAAAAGCUAAAGCUGUGAUGGGUUUUUUUUAAUUGCCUGGUGGAAUUAUUUUAGACCAGAGGUGGGUGUCUUGAGAGGUCCUUCAAGUCCCCAUCCCUGCACGCUCUCACUGUGGUAACUGUUCUGUCCCGAGGUCCUGGCUGAUACGUUUCCCUCUGCUGGUUUUGGGAGCUCCUUUUCUGUUCCUGUCUUCCCAGCCUUCACUCCUUGACACUGUUCAGAAACCUCUGUAAAUGUUUUCUCCUGGUUGCUCAGCGUUCCCUUGUGCAGCAAACAAACAUCCCUGUGCCUGGUGUAAAUGAGCCUCUGGGACCUGGCUGUUCACUUUGCUCUCUCCUGGCUGCUAUAGGCUCUCUUUAGAUGGGACAAAAAUGGUUAUUCUUUUCCCCUACUGUAAUGGGGAGACUCCUCUGCACUGCAGUGUGGCUGUGGCUGUGCAAUGCCUGGCAUCCCAUCACUGUGCCCAGGAGGAUCUGUGCACAGAAACGAUGAACAUCACUCACUGCAGUCGUGUUCCUCGCGCAGUGUGAGUGAUGUGGGCUGCUGCCAGGGCACUGGAGCAGUUGCUGGGUUUCUGUGGUGCUGCAGCUUCUCUAGAACAGCUUCUGAUUGUGGAGCCCACUGUUCUCGGGCUGCUCUGCUCAGCAGCAGCCGUCUGAGGCAGCAGCUGCAGGGGCUUCGUGGCAGUGCUGGGAGGAAUCCCUGAAAUCUUCAGCAGUGAUACAGCAGGCCAGGAAGAGUAAAUCUCAGUCCUGAAGCAGCUGGGCAACCAGCUAGAUAAGGCCUUUGUCAGUAAUUCCUAGAAUGACAGAGAGGGCAGCGGGUGCUGCUGUGUCCUUGAAAUAGCAGGGAUAUCAUCUGUGUGACAUUACUUGCUUUGGCACAGGGAGAGUGCUUGCUGCAUGCUGCUUCUCCAGGCUCUGGGCUGUUGCCUUUUAUCCUUUGGGCAGGUGUAUCUUCCCCACCUCGUUCCUGCAGCUAUAUCAGCAUGAUGCUCUUGGCCCCACAUGCAGCCUUGUCAGUGUUGGGAGGUGUCACCCUGCUUAGGUCUGGUUUAUUUCUGUUCAGCAGCUGGCGAGAGGUGUGGGGGUCUUAGAACUCUGUGGAGCCACGUGCAGCUUUCUGGUCACUGACUGGGGUCUCAGUCAGUGAGCAGCACUAGUGGGUGCUGGGGCUCAUCAAGACUCACACAGGGUUCCAUCUCCAUCCCUUCCUCCUGUUUGCAUCCAUCCCCCUGAUAGAAACAGGAACUGCCCGGGCAUUCGUGCUGGAAGGCUCUUGGGUGCUUUGGUUGCCACGGUGUGCAGAUCCUGUGUGACUCGGUGCCUGCACACACUCUGAGGUGGAUGAAGCCCAGGUCGGUUCCAGCUGAAAUCUUUUGUCUUAGCUUGGUGUGUCCCAAAAAGACACGAAGAGAAAGCAGAUCUAUGACUUUGGGUACCUCCCUGCAGAGAUGUGCACUCCUGGAAGGCUCUGGCCAUGACCUUGCACGAGUCCUGCUGCCCCCUUGGGUGGGACCCCGGGGAGGGGGGUGACUGUGGUGCUGCCCAUGGAGCGGUGCUUACAGCCUGUCUCUGCGAAUCCUCCCUGAAACCACGGCCAUGGCCUUGGGGGGGAUGGGAAGGCAUCAGGCUGCUGCCCUGGGGCUGAGCCCAGCACGCCUGGGGCAGCACCAGGGAUGGAGGGAGGCAGGAUGCAUCCCAGCUGUGGUUGUCAGUUGUUGCUGCACUGGUAGGUUGUCCUGUAAUGCCUUCACCUAAGCAACUCUGAACUAUUUCCUCCCUAUGUUAUUGCUAAAAUUGAAGUUUUCCCAUGGAAAUCCUGUCUGUUGGGGACAAAGCCUGGUUAUGAGCACGCUGAGGUGGGAUGCAGUCACUGGCAGAGUGCAGUGGUGCUGGUGUCAGUCCCAAUCCUGGCGACAGGCUCUACCACGUGUGGUGGGAUUGAUGCAGGUGGGAGGGCCAGCACCGAGCUGUGCCAGGCUCAGCUCCCCCCAGAGCACCCCCUGCCCCUGAGCAGGCACUGUCCUGCUGGCACCGAGCCUCCCCCACAGCUGCCUCCCCUCCAGCAGCUGGGAUUUGGAUGGGGCUGUGGAUCCGUGCAGAUCGUUUCUGAGGGAGAGAGAGGGGAUGAAAACUGCCAGUUUUUUUUUUCUUUUGCAACUCAUUCUCAAAUGCUCAGCCCUUAAAAGGAAAAACGACUCAGCUGAAGCCUUCACUGAGCUUAGGAGGUGCCACUGCGUCUGGGGCAAAGCAGAGCUUUGGGGAGGCUGUUUAAGGAUUGGGGGUUUGGCCUUGUGCUCUCACGUGCAAAAUGCAAACUCCAGCCAUGGUGGCAGCAGCUCGGGGGCCGGGUUGUCCAGGCAGGCCCCGCAGCCCAGGGAAGCUGGCUCACUUCUCUGCUGCACUCUGGGGCUCCAGCUCUGCAAGUGGUUUUGCUUCCCAGUGCUGUAAAACCCCUGGGCUGGCUGGGACAGAGAGGCUGGAGAGGCCACCUGCCAGAGCUGUGUCCUGGGCCAGCCUGGGGACCCUGGAGAAGAGCAGAGGGAGGCACCUGUAACCUUUCUGACACUGAAUGCUUUUUGCCAUGUCUUUUGCCUCCUGCCCAAGCUGCAGUGGCCACAGCUGAUCUCUCUUCGUAGCAGAGUCUGAGGUGCUCACCCUCAAUGACAGUUUGGGGACAGAGAGAAGUGAGAGGCCCUUGGCCUCCAAGGGAGCAGCAGGUGCUUUCGCCAGGCACAGCAGCCAGCCCUGUGUGACACAGGAGCUGCUGCAGGAGCCUGCACUUCCCUGGCUGUCAGGUGCAGUCAGAACUGAGACCCAUCUGCACGGCUGAGAUUUUUUUUAAUGGGAGUGGAUUUUACUGUUCCUUCUGCCCUCAGGUGCAGUUUCCUUUAGCGUUGGGUUGAGCAGUCCCUGGGUGCCUGUGACUGUCUCCAGUACCAGGACUCCUCCUGCUCAGAGUGCCCAUCCAGCAGGUGCUUUAUGCUCUGUCCCAAAGCCAUGAAAACAGGGAUGUUUCCUGCCCUUUGCUCUUCCCUCUGUUGUGGAACCCCCAGUCCUGUGGUGGGUGGAGUGAGGGAUGGGAUGGGGCAAGCAGCACUUCAGAUCCCUCUCUCUUCCCCUCCCCAGCAGGUCUUCUCUGUGUGACUCCAGGGCUUGGCUGGGAGUGAUUUCAGGACAGGGUCAGUCCAGCCCUGGUGGGCAGCGCUCAGCACAGAGAGGAUGAUGGAGAAACGUGAAGGUUGGGGUGGUGGGAGUUUCUGUGUUGCCCUCCCUUCUCCCUGCUGAGAUGUGGAGUCUGAGAUGCCUGUGCAUCCAUCCCACCCAAGUCUCAGGUACUGGUCUUGGGCUGUAGGGCCUUAUGCCUUUGGGGCUGUUCUGGGCUUUGUUUUCAGUUGAUUAUCAUUGUAGCAUGACUUGUCAUGGUGUCUGUCAUCCCAUGAGAGAUUUUCUCCUCUGCUCCCCCUCUCUGCUCUUACAGAGACACCAGAAAAUCUCAUCUAUGUCCUGAAAGUCCUUGUUUCUUACUUCUUUCUUUCCAAGACAGGAUUUUGGAGGAAUCUGCUGUUAAUUUUGGUGCUGCCCCAACCUGCUCCCGUGGAAUGAGCUGCCCCUUUGCUGUGUGUUCUGCUCUGAAGCCAGGGUGAACUGAGGGGCCAACAGCAGCACCGUGGGAGCCAGCAGGGCUGGCAUCUGGCCUGGGGGAAAGUUGGGAAUGGCCAGGAAAGAGGCAAGAGCCAACAGAGUCCAAGCAAUCAAAAAACCCACCAAGUUUCUCAUCUGACAUCUCUGUCUUUGAAAAUACCACCUAGCAGAAGGCUUGGGGCUUCACUGGUGUUCCUAUUUCAUUUUAGUUAUGUUUUUUUUUAAUUAAAAACACCAAAGUAAUGAGAUGCUUUGUGUGGUAGGACCUUUUCCAGGCUCUCUGCUACCCCUAACCCACCCAAGCCAUGGUGCUGUUCCCUCUCCUCUCUGCCAUGUGUUGCCAGGCUGGGCUCUGCUCUCAGAGGCCUGCCCCUGCUCUGCUCUUGCUGGAGCUAAGCAUAUGUGCUCAGGCUUUGAGCAAUCACAGCCAUUUGUUCUGUAUUUUCACAGUCUGGUCUGUCUCCUGCAAGGCAGAGGCUGGUUUGUUUGCAUAGCACUUAUUUUCAGAAGCAGAGGAGAGUUUUAGGAACAGGGUGACAUUAUAUUUAUUUUAGUUCCUCUAUAAUUUUUGUUAGAAGGAGGCAUGUGUAUUAAAAGAAGUUCAUAUAUAUAUAUAUAUAUGUGGGGGAGAGGCUUGUUUUGGGUACUUUUUUUGUCCUAAGAUGUAAAUUACAGCUUUUCUGGACUUGGCUGAAAGAAGGCAGUGAGUAAAGCCUGGAUUGACUAAGUCAGCUGGUGGUGGGAGGUCACCUUAAGGAGCUGGUGCUAGAGACCUUCUUGGAGGCUCUGCAGCUCCAGGAUACAGAUGAGUUUUACAGCCUUGUCCUGGCUUUGAUAUGCCAAUCUGAAGCCACCUGGAGGUUGCACUUUGUUGCUCAGUGUCUGUACUGAGCAAAGUUUUUUAAGAGGUGGCUUUGCCUGUUGUGCAGAAGGUGAAGGGGCAAGCGUGAUCCUCUUAAAAAAAAAUCUGUGGUGAUGCUUGAGUGCUUGAACACAGCCCAGGCUGCUCUUCAGCCAGCCAGAAGCCUGGACUCGCAGAGGAUCAGCAGUGUCAGCAGCUGCGGUGCCUCUGGGAUGAUACCCACUCCCCAGUCCUGAACUGGUUUGCCUUGUUCUGUUGCUGGGCCCUCCUUUUAGAGCACCCAGGAUUGUGAAUGUGGUUUCAUUCUCCACAAGGCUCCUUCUGCUCCUUUUCGUGGGCCCCUUGUCCUGCUCAUGCAGCACAUGCAUCAGGCUCUGAACUCCUCAUCUCUGGAGGGCAGAUCAUUCCAGCAGCCCCUCCCCAUCACCCUGCCUGUUCUCUGCAAUGAGUAACCAUGGAAUUUACAUCCACCCUGCCUUCAGCCACUGUCACACAGUGGCUGGGAGCUGUACUUCACUCUCCACGUGUGAUGGCCGAACUCCAUCCUCCUCCUCCUCCUCAAGGAGGACCCGUUAACAAGGCGCUUAUCUCGGCAUUGACGCAUCCUCAGUUGGAUGACCUCUGAUGAUGGGAACAAUGGACAGCUUUGUCUUGGAGCCAGCUCUCUUCCUGCAGGUGACUCUUCCCGUGUACCUGGACCCUUCCCUUUCUGGUCCUGCUCCAUUUUCUCUAGCUCGGACUGGGUGGAGAUCAUCGAGCCCCGCUCCCAGGAGCGGAUGUACGUCAACCUGACCACCGGGGAGUGCGGCUGGGAGCCCCCCCCCAACCUGAAGGUGCGCCAGUCGGACCAGAAGCAGUGGUGGGAGCUCUUCGACCAGAACAACAACCGCUUCUACUACUACAAUGCCAUCACGAGGCAGACCGUGUGGCACCGGCCCCAGGGCUGUGACAUCGUGCCCCUGGCGCAGCUCCAGGCCAUGAAGCGCAGCUCCCAGCCUGACUCCCGGCGGCAGCACCGCGGCAGCACCGGCAGCGACGGCCGCGGCACCCCCGUCCACAUGGCCCUCCUGCAGGACGCGGAGAAGGGCAAGUGGGACUGUGCGGGGGAGAAGAGGAAAGACCCUUCUGGCAGGGAGACUCCUACCCAGUGGCAGCCUCUGCCAGGCACGAAAGCAGCCAUGUUGGUCAAGGUGAACAGUUUGAGGCAGAUACAGAGCUUUUCAAACAGUUCACUUCAGCUGCAGAGCACUCCAGAGCCCAGCAGCCCAAAAUCUCUUCCAAAAUCAGCUAUAUAUGCCCAGCCUCAAUCCAGGUCCCAGAGCCCUGGAGCGGCAAAGCAAACAGGAGACACGAAGCAGUCUAUGCAGAUCAAAAAGACGGAGAACGGGGGGUUUUGCCUGGUGCUGAUGAAUGGCCCAACUUCUCAAACACCUCCCAGGAGCCGGACAGGAACCCCCCAGCCUGCAUCCCCCAAAUAUGCCUCCCCUGCCCCCAUAUACGAUGAGCCAUCUCUAGAGUCGCCAAUUUAUGACGAGCCACCGGUGGACAUGGACACAGAGAGCGUUGCUGUGAGUGGAGUGUCUCCACCCAGGUCACCAAGCAACAGCUUAAAAAAGCAGCUGCAACCAACCAAGUUAUUGCAGCAUCCCAGUAUGCAACAGCAACAAGCUGCAAAGAAGCAUGCAAGAAACCCCUCUUCCACUGAAUACAGCCCAGCUGGCAGGGAAUACAUAAAACACAUGGUCAAUGUUGACCAAUCUGCCAAACUCUCCCACUCUUCUGCUGCAACAGCUGAUGCCUCCACUAAACUGCCUGGUCAGCUUGCUUCAAAGGACAGCUUCAAGCAGUCUUGGAGGAUCCUGGAAGCCAACGUCCUCAAGAACAUGGAGCUCCACCACAGUCGUCAGAACAGCCUGCAGACUCAGGAGUACCCGACCGGUAUAAGCCACCAGGAUUCUGGUUAUUCGACUGGCCCUUCUCCGAGCUUGAGAAAAAGGAAAGGAAGGAGGCAAGGAACAGGUCAGGUAAGACCUGGCUCCGUGGGCAGCAGCAGCGAGCUCACAGCUCUGAACGACAAAGUGAUCGCCGAGAUGCGCGCAGUGGUGGGCAGGUCAGCAGCUUGCAGGGGAAGCAAAGCCAGCCUGGAUGCCGAGAGCCUGGAGAGCGGCGUCCCAGCAGAGAGCAGCAAGGUCAGGUUUCAGUCCGACCACUUGAAAAAAUGCGUCAGCCGGAGCUCCAGGGACGACGUCUCAGCCAGCAACAGGUCUCUGUACAGGCAGGGCCUGGAGGUGAGGGAAGGCUUUCCUGGCAAUGCCGCCGCUCCGCAGGACACAACGAGGCAGAAGAGGACUUUUGAGAAAAUAGAUUCCUUGGAAAAGAACGUGACCAGCCAGACGAGCUUGGCUUCGUCGGAUGCCACCCGCCACUCCUCGCAGCCUGGCACCAUCGAGCUGGAGCCCAAGCAGGAGGGCAGCGGCCAGCGCGGCGGCUGUGCGGGAUGCCACUUCCCCUACAACACCCUCCGGAAGCCCAUCUCCCAGAGCAGCAUGGCAGACUGGGCCUCCAAAAACCUCAACAUGCACACGCAGGGCAUCUUCCGCCGCAGGAUCUCCAUCUCCAACAUGCUGUCCUGGAACGGCGGCUCCAUCAAAAAGCCCAUGCUCAUCACCAGCAACCGCGCCAUCAAGAAGGAGGCGUGCGAGAUGUUCAAGCUGGUGCAGAGCUACAUGGGGGACCGCCAGAGCCGCCUGGACCGCAACCACGUGGCAUUGGUGACGGUCACCAAGUGCUGGAGCGUGCAGGGGCUGCGGGAUGAGCUCUACAUACAGCUGAUCCGGCAGACGACGGACAACAUGUGCUACCGGAGCCUGGCCUGGGGCUGGGAACUGAUGGCCAUCAGCCUGGCCUUUUUCUCCCCAUCACCCAAGUUUCAGUCUUACCUGGAAGGUUACAUUUACCGCCACCUUGACAGUGACGAAAACAUUGCCCAGCGCAUCAAGGAGCUUGUGGAUCUGAAAAACAAGAAGAACUCGAAAUCCAGGAAAAAGAGGAAACAAAACACAGAGGAUGAAGGUCUGCCCAUUAGCACCUAUGCCAAGUACUGCUACCGCAAACUCCAGAAAGUGGCCGUCACUGGAGGCAAAAAGGGCCUCCGCAAGCCCACGGUGGAGGAGAUCACGCACGCCAGGAACGCCAUCCUCACACCGUCGCUCUUCGGCAGCUCCCUGGAGGAGAUCAUGCUGCGCCAGCAGGACAUGUUCCCAGGCAACAAACUGCCCUGGGUGCAGACACAGCUGUCACAGCAGGUCCUGGCCCUGGGAGGGGAACAGACAGAGGGGAUUUUCAGGAUACCUGGUGACAUAGAUGAAGUCAAUGCACUGAAACUGCAGGUGGAUCAGUGGAGGAUCCCGAGCGGUCUGAGUGACCCCAACAUCCCAGCCUCUCUCCUCAAGCUCUGGUAUCGGGAGCUGGAGGAGCCAGUGAUUCCCCAGCAGUUCUACAAAGAGUGCAUCAGCAACUACGAGAACCCCGACGCUGCCGUGGCCGUGGUGCAGCUUUUGCCAGAGCUCAACAGGCUGGUGCUGUGUUACCUCAUCCACUUCCUGCAGAUCUUUGCUCAGCCGUCAAACGUGGGCAGAACAAAAAUGGAUGUGAAUAACCUGGCCAUGGUGAUGGCCCCCAACUGCCUGCGCUGCCAGUCCGACGACCCGCGCGUCAUCUUCGAGAACACGCGCAAGGAGAUGUCCUUCCUACGCAUGCUCAUCGUGCACCUGGACACAAGCUUCGUACACGGGCUGGUCUGAGCCCGGCCCCGGCUCCACACGGUGCUCUGGGGAGUUGCUGGGUACCCUAAAUCUCCUCCCCUCCACGUAGUUUUGUUCCAUUGUCCUUGCUGUUGUCACGCCCUGGGUUAGCCCCCGAGCAGCUCCCAGCGCACAAGGACUGGACGUUCCUGGAAGGCUCGGUUCUGUCAGCACCAGAAAGUCCUUGGACAUGCCAGGUCAGGUUCAGCUGUUCCUGGCCUUCCAGCACGUGGCAGAGAGGGGCCACCCUCCUCCUGGGAGCCACAGGACUGGUUGCUCAGUGAAAGGGCUGUGACAUUCGUGAGGGACCGCUACAACGAGACUCUCCAUUUCCCUUCUGGAGGCACAGGUGGCUUCAGGUAGGGGGACAUCACUCCUGUGCUGUGGCAUGAGCCGGCCCUGGGGGAGAUGCUGCCUCACUGGGGAUAAUCCUCCUGCUACGGGGGCAGCCUGGUUCACCUCUGCAGACUGUUGGCUGGAGGUGUGAGGGUUGCUCUGACCCCCACGGUGCUGUUGGUAGAGGGCUGUGAAGGUGCAGGGGAUUUGCUGAGGCAGAAAAGCCCCUCGUGCUGUGGUGGUCAGUGGAAGCACACUGCAGCCUGGGGAGAGCAGGUCUGGGAGCUGCUGCUGCUGGGGGCUGGAUGGUCAGCCAUUCUGCAGCUGGGAGCUCUGGCAGGCCAGAUCCACAGCACCCACCUCACCUUCUUCAGAGAGCUGCAGAGCUGCACAGCAGCACGUGGGACCAGCCCUGCGCUGGGCACCCACCCACACCAUAGGGCUGGGCACAAAGAGAAGGCCACGCACCUGACAGCAGACAGGUAAUUGCUGUGGCAUCCCCCUAACAAGGGCCAUGUCCUCUGGAGGGGUGACCCCAGCAGCCUUGCAGUUCCUUUUUGCUCAGGACAGCGUGAGCUGACAGCAGCUUUACUGAGGAGCACCAGAGCCCGUGCUCAGAGCAGCCUCCACGGCUCCAGCACCCCCUUCCUGAUAGCACAUCCUUCCCAGGCUGCUCUGCUGGGGACUGAAUACCAGUUUGGUCUCUCCUGGUUCAGCCCAGGUCUGAAGAAAGCUGGGAAGGCCCCAGAAGUCAGAAUUGCUCCUGUGCUCAGAGAGCAGCAGCAGCACUGUGUGCUUGGGAAAUGCUGGUACUGCCUGUAGUCAGCUGUGGCACCUCUUCCCACCAAAUUCCCACAGGCAUUGCAGAGGGGUUGGGAAGGGAAGGGGAAGGAAAGGGGCAGGUUGAGCAGCUGAGGUGUGGUGGAGCCUGAGUGGGGGUAGUGUCAGGUGGCAGCUCAGUGUUCUCACUGCUGCUGUUGUGGCUUUCUGUGUGCCACCAGAGGUGAGGCACAGCAAGGACAGUGUCCUUUGGAGGCAGCACAUGGAUCCCUCCACAGCCUCUGGAUGCUGUUAUAUGUUCCUUACCAGAUCCUAAUUCUCUGGCAUCCUAGUGCUACUCUUCCUUUGAGGUGUUUUCCUUGCUGGAGGCAGUUGUGCUGCAAAAAGCUGAGUUUGGGGAUUACUGGAGCAGUGCUAAGGCUGCCAGGAGUAUCCAGGGUUGCAUUUGUGUUUCUGCAUCGCCCUCUCUUUCCAGUGGGGACUGGGGAUCAUCCUCUCCAGGCUGCAGAGGGGACCUGAGCCCUGCCAACAGUGAGGUUUAGGGCUGAUGCCUGAGUGAGUACCCAGUGUGGGCACGAGGUGCCACAUGCAGAGAGUGCCCCAAGCCUGCUGGUUUGCCUGGGGCAAGAGGUGAGAGGGUUCCCAGAGCCUGUAUUUGGAUGAGUUUAGAUGAACUGCACAGCAGGAAUUCAGUUUGUGCCCAGCUGAACGAAGGUCAUGGUUCCUCUCCUUCUACCAGCUGCCUCUGUGGGGCAGGAAAUCCUUUGCCUUGUCAGGGUUAGCUCUGUCAAACGCCCCCCAAAAUGUGCCAGCGUGUUUGACUCCCCCCAUCCCACACUCCAACCCCGGGGGCUUGUCUGGCCCUUCUGCAGCGCUGAACUUGUUCCCCAGGUGUGGAGCUUCUGCCCCAGAGGUGCAGGCACAGGCAGAGGUCACCAGCUCUGCCCCUGCCCCCAGGUUUGAGUCAGUCAGCAGGCUCAGGGUGUCCUGCCCUUCUCGGGGGGCUGCAGAGCCUGUCCCUGUGCUGGGCCUGCAGCCCCCGUGUGGGUGAUCCUUGUGUGGGUGAUCCCCGUGUGGGUGAUCCCCGUGCCAGGCCUGCCCUCGUGUCAGUGAUCCCCAUCAGUGACCCCCUUUGUUCCCUGCACUUCGCCGUAGCAGUCAAUCAAACCAUAGGCAUUUGCUGCUAUUUACAAAUGAAUGCUUCUUGCCAGGGCUGUAAAACAGGCUAAUAAAGGACACUGGAUAUUAUUUUCUUUGCCAACAGAUUUGUAAAUACCAAUCAGUAAAGUAGCCUCUUCUCUGUUCUAAUAGUAAUAAAUAAAAUCUCCGUGGUUGUUCUUUUGGUGCA